AUGACAGACCCCCGUGGGCUGUGCCCGGGGCCUCGGCCCCCGCGCUCUGCCCGGCUGUGCUGCCCGGGUCUCCAGGGGGAACGUGGCCCCGCUGGGCUUGCUGGAGCCAAAGGGGAGCCGGGUCUCCAGGGGGAACGUGGCCCCGCUGGGCUUGCUGGAGCCAAAGGGGAGCCGGGACCUCCAGGGCAGCCCGGCUACCCCGGCGCGACGGGUCCCCCCGGCCUUCCAGGCAUCAAAGGUGAGCGAGGCUACCUGGGCCCCCCUGGGGAGAAGGGGGAACUGGGACCCCCCGGCUUGGACGGCCNGCCUCACCCCCUCUCUCCGCAGGGACCGAGGGGCGAGCGCGGGCUCCCGGGCAGCGCCGGCGAGAAGGGGGACCAGGGUUUCCAGGGCCAGCCCGGCUUCCCGGGGCCACCGGGACCCCCCGGCUUCCCAGGGAAGGUUGGUCCAGCUGGGCCACCGGGGCCCGCAGCCGAGAAGGGCAGUGAGGGCAUGCGUGGCCCCACGGGGAUGCCAGGGCCACCCGGACCACCCGGACCCCCAGGCAUCCUGGGCUUCAAGGGGAAGACGGGACACCCGGGUCUCCCAGGACCAAAGGGUGACUGCGGCAAACCCGGUCCCCCGGGGAGCACGGGCCGGCCGGGAGCGGAGGUGAGCGAGGGGGGUCCCCUGGUAGUCCGGGGCAACCGGGUCCCGCCGGCCUCGCCGGAGUGGGGGAGCAGGGACCAGAUGGACCCGUCGGUAAAGAGGUACGAGCGGUGGCUCUGCGAUUCACCUGCCCGGUGGGAUGCGGGGCUGGACCGUGGCAUCCUCCUGGGAGACGUGGUGAAUUACGACGAGAUCAAGAGGUUCAUCCGGCAGGAGCUGAGCAAGAUGUUUGACGAGCGGAUGGCAUACUACACCUCCCGGCUGCACUUCCCGGUGGAGAUGGUGGCGUCCCCUGGGAGACCAGGUCCUCCGGGGAAGGAUGGGCUGCCCGGCCGGCCGGGACCCCCUGGUUCCCCAGGGAUGCCGGGGCAGAUCGGCAGAGAGGGGCGGCAGGGUGUGCCGGGCAUGCGGGGUGAGCCGGGCGCCAAGGGAGAGAAAGGCGAGAAAGGCGUGGGGGUGAUGGGAGACAGCGGUCCCCCGGGACCCCCAGGUCCCCAAGAGCCACCAGGCUACGGGAACCCGGGCCCCGUGGGACAGCAGGGCAUCCCCGGCAUCCCCGGCCCCCCGGGAGCCACCGGGCAGCCGGGCAAGACCGGGCACUGCAGCCCGGCGGAGUGCGUGGGCGCCGUGCCCCUGGAGCAGCCCCUCUUCCAGCCCAAAAACGUCAAGGGUCCCUUCGGCUGA